UGUCUCACAAAAGCCAUUUUGUUGCGCUAGCUAGCACCGUGCUAAAGAAAGCACUAAUAAUAACAUGGCUCUGUUAUGUCAGCCUUAACUAUGUCGCUUUUAUGCUUUUCUCAGCUGUCCAACGUGCUCCUUCAGGUCUGUAAGUAGCAAAUGCCGACAUGGAUUAGCCCGCAGGAACAAAGUGCUGCGGAGGAGCGCGAGAAACUGGGUGCUAAAGUGUGCUGCAGCUCCAGAUAAAAGACUGUUAGCUCGCAGCAGUGUGUUUACUCAGCCGGCGGUAGUUAUGUAUUCUCGUUAAUUGUCCUUACGCGAGUCGCUGUUCGUUCCUAGAUACAUAUUUAGCUCGGCUGCGAGUGCCUGCGCUGUCAACCAAAGACGUGUGUUUUAAGCGUGUGUCGCUGAGAGUGGGGAAAGGAGGCGGAACAACAAUCCCAACAGUAACUUGACAAAAACACUUGAACCAUACAGCGUUAAGCCAAAGCGCUAAUCUGAUAAUGGCAGAGGACACCCGACAGGACAAGAGGGCCAGCUUCUCCUCCAUAACGGAGCACAACCCCAACGGGAUGGCCAGGACCUCGGCCGUGGCCUCAGGCAAAAGUGGCGCCUCAAAGAAACUAGUCAUCAAAAAUUUCAAAGACAGGCCAAAACUAGCAGAGAACUACACCGAGGACACGUGGCUGAAGUUGCGUGACGCUGUGGGUGCCAUUCAGAACAGCACUUCAAUCAAGUACAAUCUGGAAGAGCUUUAUCAGGCGGUGGAGAACUUAUGCUCAUACAAAGUCUCCCCAACACUGUACAAGCAACUGCGACAAGUCUGUGAGGAUCACGUUCAGGCCCAGAUCCACCAGUUCAGAGAAGAGUCUUUGGACAACCUUUCCUUCCUGAAGAGGAUGAACCGCUGUUGGCAGGAUCACUGUAGGCAAACUAUAAUGAUCAGAAGUAUCUUUCUGUUCCUGGAUCGUACCUACGUGCUGCAGAACUCCCUGCUUCCAUCCAUCUGGGACACGGGGCUGGAGCUGUUUCGCACGCACAUCGUCAGCGACAGCGCAGUCCAGAAGCGAACGGUCGAAGGCAUCCUGGAGCAAAUCGAGCUGGAGCGGAACGGAGAGACUGUCGAUCGCAGUCUGCUGCGGAGUCUGCUGGGCAUGCUGUCCGACUUACAGGUUUAUAAAGACUCGUUCGAGGAGAGGUUUCUGUCUGAGACGAAUCGCCUGUACGCAGCAGAAGGACAGCGGUUGAUGCAGGAGAGAGACGUGCCCGAGUACCUGCACCACGUGUCUCGCCGGUUGGAGGAGGAGAAUGAUCGCAUCGUGAGCUACCUCGACCAGAGCACCCAGAAGCCGCUCAUUAGCUGUGUUGAAAAACAACUUUUAGGAGAACAUAUGACUGCAAUCCUACAAAAAGGUCUGAGCACUCUGCUGGACGAGAACCGGGUGACCGAGCUGGCCCUGCUCUACCAGCUCUUCAGCAAAGUGAAGGGAGGACUUCCCACACUGCUGCAGUUCUGGAGGGACUACAUCAAGUCUUUUGGUGGCGAGAUCGUCUGCACUCCAGAGAAGGACAAGGACAUGGUGCAGGACCUGCUGGACUUCAAGGACAAGAUGGACAACGUGGCGCAGAGCUGCUUCGCACGCAACGAGACUUUCAUCAACGCCAUGAAAGAGGCCUUUGAAGCCUUCAUCAACAAGAGGCCCAAUAAGCCAGCUGAACUCAUCGCUAAAUACGUGGACUCCAAGUUGAGAGCCGGGAACAAGGAGGCUACAGAGGAGGAACUGGAGAGAAUCCUGGACAAGAUAAUGAUAAUCUUUCGCUUCAUUCAUGGAAAAGACGUGUUUGAAGCUUUCUACAAGAAGGACUUGGCCAAGCGUCUGCUGGUUGGAAAAAGUGCUUCUGUUGAUGCUGAGAAGUCCAUGCUCUCCAAGCUCAAGCAUGAAUGCGGAGCAGCAUUCACCAGUAAGCUGGAGGGAAUGUUCAAGGACAUGGAACUGUCCAAAGACAUCAUGAUCCAAUUCAAGCAGUACAUGCAGAACCAGAGCGAGCCGAGCAACAUAGAACUGACCGUCAACAUCCUGACGAUGGGCUACUGGCCUUCAUACACGCCCAUGGAGGUCCACCUGCCCCCAGAGAUGGUGAAGCUCCAGGAAGUGUUCAAACUGUUCUACCUGGGGAAGCACAGUGGGAGGAAGCUGCAGUGGCAGCCCACGCUGGGUCACGCCGUCCUGAAGGCAGAGUUUAAAGAGGGUAAGAAGGAGGUGCAGGUCUCGCUGUUCCAGACGCUGGUGCUGCUCAUGUUCAAUGAGGGAGAGGAGUUCAGCAUAGAGGAGAUCCGGACUGCUACGGGCAUAGAGGAGGGAGAGCUGAAGCGUACGCUGCAGUCCCUCGCCUGUGGGAAGGCCCGUGUCCUCAACAAAAACCCACGAGGGAAAGAUGUGGAGGACGGAGACCGUUUCAAUUUCAACAAUGACUUCAAACACAAACUGUUCCGCAUCAAGAUCAACCAAAUCCAAAUGAAAGAAACGGUGGAGGAGCAGGUGAGCACCACAGAGCGAGUGUUUCAGGACAGACAGUAUCAGAUCGAUGCCGCGGUGGUGCGCAUCAUGAAGAUGAGGAAAACUCUCAGUCACAACCUGCUGGUGUCUGAGCUCUACAACCAGCUCAAGUUCCCCGUAAAGCCGGGCGAUCUGAAGAAGCGGAUCGAAUCGCUUAUAGACAGAGACUACAUGGAACGUGACAAGGAGACUCCUAACCAGUACCAUUACGUUGCCUGAAGGGGUUUCACUGUCACCGCCGUGCUUUUCUUACAGCAAGCGAGCUGCUUGCCCUGCUCGAAACAGGAUUGCAGCCCUUCAGCCACCCGACUCUUCUCUGGUGCCCAUCUUUCCCUCCAUCCGUAGUGCUGGACCCAGCGUUCAGACGCGCAGAGCUCCAGAGACACAAGUGAGACUCGGCUGCGCUGCCUUCAGUGGGACUCCGAGUUUGGGCGAGAGCAGCACUCGGGGUUUUUGAUGGUUGGUUUAUGUGACUUAAGAAAUUUGCUAAUGCAAAACACAACUGAAAUUACUAGCACUUUCCUCUGUUUUGUUUUUGUUUGCCCCCCCACCUCGCCCUUGGGAUUGGGUUUUUGUUUUCCCUUCAUCAUGUCAUCCUAAAAUCACUUAUUUUUUACCAUAGUUGGUUUGUCUUGAGUUUUACAAUGUUUAUUUUUGUGUUUAUUUUAUUCUUUUGCUCAAGGGGUUCUCCUUAUGAACGGCUGGCUGCACAGACUGCUGAGUGUAAACCUGAUCGGUUGGUUUCUUGAUUUGACUAAAAAAAAAGAGGAAAAAAAAGACUUGAGAAAGAUGAAGAGAGUCUGAGGGGUUGGGUUCAUUGUUUGUAACACAUUUGCUGAGUGACAUCCAGACAAGCCAGUUGGGUAUUAAUUUUGGUAUCUUGUACGUUUUGACCAAAAUGUCCACUGUCAUGUGCUGACCUUUUUUCUUUCUUUUUUUUUCUAGAUCAGAUUGUAUUCUAUGUAAGAGUGCGAAAAAGUGAACUGAAUAAAUGGAUAUUUAAUGA